AUUUCAGUUGAAACUAAUGAAAUAAAACAUGCAUAUAUGACCAAUAGCUCCCCUAAUUAUCAAUGUUCCGCAACCCUUGGUCACUGAUCGAGAUAUUCGUUUGGUAUAUUCAUGUUUCAGAAUACCUUAGAAUGAAUUUGAUUUGCCAGGUUUCUCGCAUUCGUUGUUGUUCGGAUUGGCCGUCUUUCAUUUAAUAACUUACUGGUGUUAGGUAUGACUUACUGGUGUUAGGUAUAUGGUAUCGACUACUGGUACCGACUAUCGAGCAUAAGUGUGAACAACUUACAUGAAGUAAUGGCCAAAGUUAUCACUGGAAAGUAUCCCUCAAUUCGUGAUUGAAAUUGAGAUUGCUCCUUUGAAUUUGAUGGAAUAUGCAUGAUAUUGUACUUUACUAUUGCCAUUAAACUUUAACAAUGAGUUCCAGGAACAAAAGGACAAGAAAAGAAACUAAUGGUUUGUCUUUGUCUUGUUGAAAUCCAUCUUUUAAAUGCUGCAGUCAAAUUCCCUGCAUUGUACAUGUUGAAUAUAUGUGAUAGCCAAUAUAGACUUUCUUAUUCAUUAAACAUUUCUAACUAUUGUACUUUAGGAGAUUCAAGGAGAUCAAAAAAGGCAAAGAAUGGAGAAAAAUCUAGUUACAAUGAUGAACUUGAGUCAGACAACUGUGGAAGUCAAACUGCUCCAAAGUCAUCAGCAAUAACCCUAACAGAAAAGGAAGCUGAAGAGGAUGAAUAUGGUGGUCGUGAUUAUCGAAAAGUUGUUCAGUUGAAGGUGGAUUACGAAUCACGUCCACUAUGGGUUGCUCCCGACGGACAUAUAUUUUUGGAGUCCUUUUCUCCCGUUUACAAACAUGCGCACGACUUUUUAAUUGCUAUUUCCGAGCCAGUUUGUCGACCUGAGCAUGUUCAUGAAUACAGAUUGACCGCCUAUUCGUUGUAUGCCGCAGUUUCAGUUGGACUCCAGACUAAUGACAUCAUCGAAUACUUACGGAGAUUGAGCAAAACAUCUGUACCUGAUGGUAUAAUACAGUUUAUUAAGUUAUGUACAUUGAGCUAUGGCAAGGUGAAGUUGGUUUUGAAGCAUAAUCGCUACUUUGUUGAAAGUGCUUUUCCCGAAGUAUUACAAAAAUUGUUGCGAGAUCCUGAUGUGGAAAAGUGCAGAAAGCGUGACAAAACCGAUACUAACGAAGGAGCAACACAGCUCAUGUCGUCGACUUUAUCUACAAAAUCUGUAUUUCAGCCUCAUAAGGUGGGAACCAAGGCAGCACCAACUCAAGCAACAACUAGCAUUGAUCAAGAGGAGAAAGCUGAAACUGAUGUAGCCAUCCCUACUGAUAUUACGGAUUAUAUUGAUAAAAUAGAUCAGGACGAAGAGGAUGAAGAGACGCAGUCUUAUUCUUUUGAAAUUGCACAAGAGCACAUCGAAACUUUACAAAGAAAAUGUAUUGAAUUGGAUUAUCCUUUGUUGGCUGAAUACGAUUUUAAGAAUGAUACACUGAAUCCAGAUUUGAACGCUGAUUUGAAGCCAACAACCGUCCUUCGACCGUACCAGGAGAAAAGUUUAAGAAAAAUGUUUGGAAAUGGAAGAGCAAGGUCGGGUGUCAUAGUACUGCCUUGUGGAGCUGGUAAGACACUUGUUGGCGUGACUGCUGCGUGCACAGUUAGAAAACGAUGUAUUGUAUUGUGUACAUCAGGUGUGGCUGUCGAGCAAUGGCGAAGUCAGUUCAAGUUGUGGUCAACGGUUGAAGACCGCCAAAUUUACUGUUUCACUUCUGAUUCAAAAAGCAAACCUGGAGGUUGUAGCAUUGCAAUAUCCACGUACUCAAUGAUAUCUCACAGCGGCAAACGUUCUUGGGAAUCGGAGCAGGUUAUGAAUUUUCUUCAAACUCAAGAAUGGGGACUCAUGCUGCUUGAUGAAGUUCACACGAUACCGGCGAGACAAUUUCGUCGAGUUUUAACAGCAAUUCAAGCUCAUUGCAAACUUGGGUUGACUGCCACCUUAGUCCGAGAGGAUGAUAAAAUCCAGGAUUUGAACUUUUUGAUUGGUCCAAAGCUCUACGAAGCCAACUGGAUGGAGCUCCAGAACAAUGGAUUCAUUGCUAGAGUUCAGUGUGCUGAGGUAUGGUGUCCAAUGACUCCAGAAUUUUAUCGAGAAUAUUUGAAUAUCAAGUCUCGAAAACGAAAGCUGCUGUACGUCAUGAAUCCCAAUAAAUAUCGAACAUGCGAGUUUCUUGUGAAAUACCACGAAAGGCGGAAUGAUAAAGUGAUCGUGUUCUCUGACAAUGUGUUCGCACUGAAAAGUUACGCUGUAAAGAUGAACAGACCGUAUAUAUAUGGCCCUACAUCGCAAGGAGAAAGAAUGCAGAUUCUGCAAAAUUUUCAACAUAAUCCUUUGGUGAACACCAUUUUUAUAUCUAAGGUCGGGGAUAAUUCAUUUGAUUUACCCGAAGCAAAUGUCUUAAUCCAGGUCUCUUCCCAUGGUGGAUCACGCAGACAGGAAGCACAGCGACUUGGUCGUAUAUUGAGAGCCAAAAAAGAUAUGAUCGCAGAGGAAUAUAAUGCUUUUUUCUACACAUUAGUAUCGACUGACACUCAAGAAAUGUUUUACUCGGGAAAACGUCAGAGGUUUCUAAUCAACCAAGGCUACAGUUUCAAGGUCAUCACAAAAUUAGCGGGUAUGGAUGAGGAGAAUUUAGCCUAUGCAACAAAACGUGAACAGCAAGAACUUUUACAAAAGGUUUUAGCCGCAAGUGAUGCUGAUGCAGACGAAGAAGGAGAUAGUCAGUCUAGAUCGGCGUCACAGAACACUGUGCUACGAAAAACUGGUUCAAUGGCAUCUUUAUCUGGAGCUGAUAGCAUGGUAUAUCUGGAAUAUCGUAAACCAACGAAGGACAGGCAUCCUUUGUUUAAGAAACUUCGGAAAUAGCUAGAGGAUCACACAAAAACAUUUGCAUUCGACGAUGGUGGAAACUGUUAACAAAAACAUGCAAACGAAACAGAGAUGAGCUCUGUUGUUACAAAGUAGGAGCUGGAUUGCAAAUGAAAAGAUUACUGGCAUUGAUGGUUGUUGUCACCUUCUGUGUUGAUAAUGUCAUCUAUGGGUUUAACGUUGGUGUUGGAAAUUUCGGAAAGCGUCGAGUUGAAAAGCUGCCUGCAGAUAGCCCAAUGAAUUUAUGCCAAAAAAUUCUAUCGUACUACUUAAAACAGAAGAAUAAAAUUCCAUGGAUAAAACAAGAAGCCCUCAGUAAUUUGGAUUACAGCAAAGAAAAAGAAUAUCUUCGUAAAGUCGAGCGACAAUAUGAAUCGCUUCUGCAUGCUGAUCGAUCUUGACAUGAAUUAUUCACAUAAAUUCGACUUAAAACAAGACAUUAUAAAAAACUUAUUAACUGUUAUAAAAAAGAUUGUAUAAACGUUAUAAAUGAACUAUCGAUAUCUUUAAAUCCGUUACAUUGCCCAUGCAUUAAAGAUUAAAAACUUGAUUUAACUUGUAGAACUUGCAUGGACAAGUGGUACUCGUUUAUAAACAUAAAUAUAACUGUUGCAAAUAAUUGAAAAUUGAUUGGUAAAUUACAAAAAAAUUACAAACUGA